AUGGCAAGGAGUGAAGAGAAGGCGCAGUCAAUGCUGAAUAGAUUCCUCAGGAUGAGGAAUGAUGAGGAUAAGAUAGAGAAGAAGAGACCUCACCUUGCAUCACUCUGUGAGAACCUUACAGAAGCAGAGAGAUGGAGACAUCAGAUCAUCAGAGAGAUGUCAAGAAAGAUAUCAGAGAUACAGAAUUCAUCACUUGGAGAAUAUAGAAUAAGAGACUUGAAUGAUGAGAUUAAUAAGUUAGGAAGAGAGAAGCAUCAUUGGGAGAAGAGGAUUAUACAAUUGGGUGGACCAAACUAUUUAGCGACACAAUCAAAGAUAUUCGAUGCGGAUGGGCGAGAGGCGGCAGGCAAGGGUCACUACAAGUAUUAUGGAGAGGCGAGGAAUCUACCCGGUGUCAAGGAGAUGUUGGAGAAGCCUGAAGUGCCCGUCACGAAGCGAUCAAAGUUUGAACUACACAAGAGCGUCGACGCAGACUAUUAUGGAUAUAGAGAUGAUGAGGACGGCCUGCUGGAGGAGGUCGAGCGAGAUGUCGAGAAGCAGGCCAUCGAAGAGGCCGUCGCCAAAUGGAAGGAUGAACAGAGACAAAAGUAUCAGGUCAAGUCUACAGUCAGUGGUGCUGGCGUUGGUGCUGGCGCGAAUGCAAGUGCUGGCGGUGGACCAACUCGUCAACACAAGAUCACAAAAGAGGACAUCGAGAUGGCUAGCGAUAAUAACAACAAUGCAGUUGAGAAGACUGCUUUGGAGAAAAAGAAAGAGGAUCUCAAAAAGAGGUAUGGCUAA